GUGCGAGCGGAAAGGGCGUGGCCGUGACGUCACUUCCGCGCGCAGACGCCGUCAGCUUCAGGCUCCGGGAAGACGCUGCCGCCCCCACGCCGCCGCCAUGUCGCGUUUCUUCACCACCGGCUCCGACAGCGAAUCGGAAUCGUCCGUGUCGGGGGACGAACUGGUGACCAAACCCGUGGGGGGCAACUACAGCAAACCCAUUUUGCUGAGCGAGGAUGAGGAGGACACCAAACGCAUCGUGCGCAGCGCCAAGGACAAGCGCUUCGAGGAGUUGACGAACCUGAUCAAAACGAUCCGGAACGCGAUGAAGAUUCGCGACGUCACCAAGUGCCUCGAGGAAUUCGAGCUUUUGGGUCGCGCCUACGGCAAAGCCCGGAGCGUGGUGGACAAGGAGGGCGUCCCCCGCUUCUACGUCCGUAUCCUGGCCGACCUGGAGGAUUAUCUCAACGAGCUGUGGGAGGACAAGGAGGGGAAGAAGAAGAUGAACAAGAACAACGCGAAGGCGCUGAGCACCCUGCGCCAGAAGAUCCGCAAGUACAACCGCGACUACGAGGCGCACAUCGCCAGCUACAAGCAGAACCCCGAACAGUCGGACGAGGACGAGGAGAAGAGGAGCCGGGAUUCGGCAGCUUCCAGCUCUUCGUCUUCGGAGGAGGAAGAGGACGACGACGUCGGCGGCGCCGCCGUUUUCCUGAAGAAGAAAGACGCCGGCGGCGACUCCCGCGCUCGUUACCUGAAAAAACCGGAGGCGGAGGAAGAGGAGGAGGAGGAAGAGGAAUCGGACGAGGAGGAAGAUUGGGGCUCGUCCGAUUCGGAGUCGGAUUCGGAAUCGGACGAGGACGAGGGGAAAUACACGUCGUUGGCUUCCAAGUUCUUAAAAAAGGACGAAGAUAAAAAAGGGGGCGAGAAGAAACGGGAGGAGAAAGCGAAGAAGAAACACGACCGCAAGAGCCGCCGGUACGAGGAGGAAGAGGAGGACAACGAAGGCGGCGAGUGGGAGAAGGUGAAGGGCGGCGUGCCGCUGGUCAAGGAGAAGCCCAAGAUGUUCGCCAAGGGGACGGAGAUCACCCCGGCCGUGGUGGUGAAGAAGCUCAACGAGAUCCUGCAGGCGCGGGGGAAGAAGGGGACGGAUCGCGCGGCGCAGAUCGAGCUGCUGCAGCUGCUGGUGGCCGUGGCCAACGAGAACGGGCUGGGGGUGGCGCUGGAGGUGAAGAUCAAGUUCAACAUCAUCGCCUCGCUCUACGACUACAACCCCAACCUGGCCACCUACAUGAAGCCCGAGAUGUGGCAGAAGUGCCUGGGCUGCAUCGAGGAGCUGCUCGACGUUCUCUUCGCCCACCCCGAGAUUUUCAUCGGCGAGAACGUGCUGGAGGAGUCCGAGAACCUGGCGAACCCCGAGCAGCCCUUCCGCGUCCGCGGGUGCAUCCUGACGCUGGUGGAGCGCAUGGACGAGGAGUUCACCAAGAUCAUGCAGAACACCGACCCCCACUCCCAAGAAUACGUCGACCACCUGAAGGACGAAUCGCGCGUCUGUGACAUCAUCGCGCGCCUCCAGCGCUACCUGCAGGAGAAAGGCACGACGGAAGAGCUCUGCCGCGUCUACCUCCGCCGCGUCCUCCACACCUACUACAAAUUCGAUUACCGGGCUCAUCGCCGUGGGGCUGGUGACCCCCAAGUGUGGGGCGGGGCCGGGCAGGAGGAAGAAGAAGAGGAAGAUUCGGCGGCGCUGAUGGAACGGUUGUGUAAAUACGUCUACGCCAAAGACCGCACCGACCGCAUCCGCACCUGCGCCAUCCUCUGUCACAUCUACCACCACGCCCUGCACAGCCGUUGGUACCAGGCCCGUGACCUCAUGCUGAUGUCACACCUCCAGGAUAACAUCCAACACGCCGAUCCGCCCGUCCAGAUCCUUUACAACCGCACCAUGGUCCAACUCGGCAUCUGCGCUUUCCGCGAGGGUCUGAUCAAAGACGCCCACAACGCCCUGUUGGACAUCCAAUCCUCCGGUCGCGCCAAGGAACUUCUAGGUCAAGGUCUUCUCCUACGAAGCCUUCAAGAACGUAAUCCGGAACAGGAGAAGGUGGAGAAGAGACGUCAGGUCCCGUUCCACAUGCACGUCAACUUGGAGCUCUUGGAAUGCGUCUACUUGGUGGCCGCCAUGUUGUUGGAGAUCCCCUACAUGGCGGCCCACGAGUUCGACGCCCGACGGAGGAUGAUCAGCAAGCAGUUCCACCACCAGUUGCGCGUCGGGGAGAGACAACCUCUUCUCGGGCCACCGGAAUCCAUGAGGGAACACGUGGUGGCCGCUUCCAAGGCGAUGAAGAUGGGCGAUUGGCGAACCUGCCAUCGCUUCGUGGUCAACGAGAAGAUGAACGGGAAGGUGUGGGACCUCUUCCCCGAGGCCGAUAAAGUCCGCGCCAUGUUGGUCAGGAAGAUCCAGGAGGAAUCGCUGCGGACGUAUCUCUUCACCUACAGCAGCGUCUACGACUCCAUCAGCAUGGAGAUCCUGGCGGACAUGUUCGAGCUGGACCUGCCGACGGUGCACAGCAUCAUCAGCAAGAUGAUCAUUAACGAGGAGCUGAUGGCGUCUCUCGACCAACCGACGCAGACGGUGAUGAUGCAUCGGACGGAACCGACGGCGCAACAGAACCUGGCGCUCCAAUUGGCCGAGAAGUUGGGGAACCUCGUCGAGAAUAACGAGCGCGUCUUCGAUCACAAGCAAGGUUCCUACGGCGGUUACUUCCGAGAUCAGAAAGAUGGCUACCGCAAAGGAGACGGCGGCUACUUGCGUCGCGGCGGUUACCGCCAACAAGAACGCGGCUCCAACUACUGAGCCCCGCCCCGCCGCGAUGAUGUAAUAAAUCAUCCGCUCGCCA